GAUAGAAGGCCAAGAAGGCCAGUGGAUGGAGGCUGGACUGUCUCUGAGGAAGGACUGCUGCUUCUGAAGGGGCUGGAUGAAGUCUUCCCUCCACAAGGACCCAUGGACUUUGGAUCAGUUACCUUUGGAGCCCCCCACCCCCACCCUUGGUCCUUUCCUUUGUGCUGCUGAGAUUCUCCCCGAGGUGACAGUCCCAGGCAGCGAUGCCAGGAUGCCUGUCUCUACUGCCCUCCACCAAGAUGGCAGUCAGGAGCGGCCACCAAGCCUAAUGUCCACCACUUCUUCAUCUGGCUCCUCCCGCGACAGCCACAGUGCCAUGGAGGAGUCCACGGGCUCUGAGGCAUCAGCCCAGAAUGGGACAGGCUCCCCUUGGGGCCGGCAUGUUCCCAAUAGCAACAGCAACUCCAGCGGCUGGCUGAACAUGAAGGGACCUCUCUCCCCAUUCAACGGGCGUGCAGGGACAGGUCCUGCCCAUCACAAGCUCAGCUAUCUGGGCCGGGUGGUACGAGAGAUCGUGGAAACAGAGCGUAUGUAUGUGCAGGACCUGCGGAGCAUUGUGGAGGACUACCUCUUGAAGAUCAUUGACACUCCUGGUCUCCUGAACCCAGAGCAAGUGAGCGCCCUCUUUGGGAACAUAGAGAGCAUAUAUGCACUCAACAGCCAGCUUCUCAGAGACCUGGACAGCUGCAAUAGUGACCCUGUGGCAGUGGCCAGCUGCUUCGUGGAAAGGAGUCAAGAGUUUGAUAUAUACACUCAGUAUUGCAACAACUACCCCAACUCAGUGGCAGCCCUCACAGAGUGCAUGCAAGACAAGCAGCAAGCCAAGUUCUUCCGAGACCGGCAGGAGCUGCUGCAGCAUUCUUUGCCUCUCGGAUCCUACCUGCUGAAGCCCGUCCAGCGCAUCCUCAAGUACCACCUGCUGCUCCAGGAAAUUGCCAAACACUUUGAUGAAGAAGAGGAUGGCUUUGAGGUGGUAGAGGAUGCCAUUGACACCAUGACAUGCGUGGCCUGGUACAUCAAUGACAUGAAGAGGAGGCAUGAACACGCAGUUCGGCUACAGGAGAUCCAGUCACUGCUCAUUAACUGGAAGGGACCAGACCUGACCACCUAUGGGGAACUGGUCCUGGAAGCCACCUUUCGUGUACACCGUGUGCGCAAUGAGAGAACGUUCUUCCUCUUUGACAAGAUCCUGCUCAUUACCAAGAAGCGAGGCGAUCAUUUCGUGUACAAGGAUCACAUUCCGUGCUCCUCACUGAUGCUGAUUGAGAACACGAGAGACUCUCUCUGCUUCACCGUCACCCACUAUAAGCACAGCAAGCAACAGCACAGUAUCCAGGCCAAGACAGUGGAGGAGAAACGGAGCUGGACCCAUCACAUCAAGAGACUCAUCCUGGAGAACCACCAUGCCACCAUACCCCAGAAGGCCAAGGAAGCCAUCUUGGAAAUGGACUCCUAUUAUCCCAGUAGGUAUCGCUGCAGCCCAGAGCGGAUGAAAAAGGCUUGGUCCUCCCAGGAUGAGGUGUCUACCCACGUGCGCCAAGGACGUCGGCAGUCUGAGCCCACCAGACACCUGCUCAGGCAACUGAGUGAGAAAGCAGCCAGAGCAGCGGGAAUGAAGCAUGCAGACAGUGCCGGAGCCCUCUUGGACUUUGGGCAGCCACCCCAUGGCCAGGACCAGCAGCCAGAGGCUGAGGGGGCUGCCAGGGAGGAGCUUGAGGAAGCGGAGGAGGUAGUAGAAGAGGAAGAACAGCAGCAGCAGACCUUCCCGGUCUCCCUGGAGGACCUGGCAGGGCAUGAUGGCAGCGAGAAGGUGCCUGGGCCAGAGCUCCCGGGCUCGGAGGAGGAGGAAGAGGAGGAAGAGAGUCUAGCAGUGGCGGAGCAGGUAGCUGACUUUGCCAGCUCCCUGCUGGCCGCCCUCCACUGCUGGCACUAUCGAGCCAACGCUUUACUUUUCUCCCGGGGUGCUAUGGGGAAGAGACACAGGGAGUCUGAAGGCUCUAAAAGCUGCAGAAGGCCCAGUAACCGGUCUCCAACCAGUGCGGAGAAACGCAUGAGCUUUGAGUCUGUUUCGUCCCUGCCAGAGGUGAGCGGUCAGCAGGUUGAGACAGAUCCUGAGCCUGGGGCCGAGCAGGAGGCCUUUACUACCUUAGAAGAUCUCGACACUGAGGAGAUGCCUUCAGACCCAGAAUUUCCAGAAGCCCUGGAGACACAGCUUCAUGCCCCCAAGGGGCUGCUAGGAGUGGACAACCCAGCUGGUGAGGUGGACUUUGUAGAGCCUGAGGGCUCUGAAGACCUUAAGGCCCUGAGUAGUGAGGAGGAAGAAGAGGAAGACAUGGGAGCCGCCCAGGAACCCGAGAGCCUCCUGCCACCCUCUGUGUUGGACCAGGCCAGUGUCAUUGCUGAGAGGUUUGCCAGUGGCUUCUCUCGGCGGAGCAGCCUGGCGAUGGAGGAUGGCAAGUCCAGUGGCCUCGGAACACCACGGCUUAUCAGCCGGAGCAGCAGUGUGCUUAGCCUGGAGGGUAGUGAGAGGGGCCUAGCCCGAUGGAGCAGCACUGGGGACUCCCUCAGCAACCCACCCACUCCAGAAGUGAUCACUGGUGUAGACAUGGUUACAGAUAAUGGCCCUUCUGUCAAUGGGACAGACUCUCCAAGUGCAGGCUCAGGCUGCCCCACGGAACCGGACAGAUCUUCCUGCAAGAAAAAGGAAUCCACAUUGUCUACCCGAGACCGACAGUUGCUGGACAAAAUUAAGAACUACUAUGAAAAUGCAGAGCAUCACGAUGCAAACUUCAGCAUCCGUCGGCGGGAGAGCCUCUCCUACAUCCCUAAAGGACUGGUGCGCAGCUCUGUGUCCAGAUUCAACAGCCUUCCCAAGCCAGAUGCAGAGCCAGCAGCUCCAGUUGGGUACAAGAGGCUGGGGAGUUCUCGGCCAGCCUCAUGGACCUUGUUUGACCUCCCAGGUCCCAGACAGACAGACGAAGGGGCCCCAACUCCCAUCACAGAUGAGGAGUUCCGCCCAUCUUCAGAAAUUGCGAAGAUAUGGGAAAGAAUGGAAUCUUCAGAGAGAAGUCCGCGGACGGGGUCUGGCCAGAGCCAGGCCAAUGGCUUUGAGCUACAAGAGCCACUGUUCAUCUUGGAGGAGCAUGAGCUGGGAGCCAUCACUGAGGAGUCUGCUUUUGCCUCUCCAGAAAGUGCCUCCCCCACCAAGCAACCCAGCCCAGCCCACCUGGCCCGGGAGCUGAAAGAGCUGAUGAAAGAACUGAGCAGUGGUGUCCAGGGGGAGCUGGUUACCCCACUGCACCCCCGUAUCGUGCAGCUCUCCCAUGUGAUGGACAGCCACGCGAGUGAGCGUGUCAAAAACAAGGUCUACCAGUUGGCCCGCCGGUACAGCCUCCGAAUUAAGAACAUCAAGGCAGCUAGGCCACCUCUACCGUGGGAAAAAGCCACUCCUGAGAAGGAUGAACAAGUCCCUUCUGUUUCUGGCCUGCCGGAAGAAGCUGGAGAGCUGUCAGGGGGCAAAGCCAGGAGGAAGCCUGUGCUAUCCCUCCUCAGCUAUGAGCAGCUGGUGGCUCAAGAGCAGGGCACCUCCAAGUCUUCCUCUGCUGUGGAGACCUCUCCACGCCGUUUCUCCUUCAGCCCUUCUGCUGUCAGCCCAAGAGCCACCUCACCCGGAUCUCGGGCCUCCGCUCGGAGCCCUCUCAGCCCCUUUGACACUGAGACCUUCAACUGGCCUGAUGUCCGAGAGCUCUGCUCCAAAUAUACCUCCCACGACAAGACUGCUCAGGCCGAGAGCAGCUGGCCCCGGAGCCUGCUGGUCAACAGGAGCCGCUCCUUGCCUGAGAACAUUAUAGAACCUCCUAUGUCUGGCAAGGUGGACCGCUGCUGCAGCCUGAACACCAACAGGAACCAGGGAGAUGGGGAGGUCUCCCAGCCUCCACCUCCCGAGUCUCCUCCCCAAAGCCGACUGAAUGGAGGUGACACCCUGUAUGUCACUGCAGACCUUACCCUGGAGAACAACCGGAGAGUGAUCAUCAUGGAGAAGGGGCCCCAUCCUAACACCACUGUAGGGCUGGAGGAAGACAGUGGGAAGGGACCAAGUUCCCCAGUAGCUUUGAAGGGACAGGGCCAAGGUUUCCAGGAGUCUGUAGAGCACCAGCCCAAAGAAGAUGGUCCCAGGGACUCAGCAGACACAAACAAACAGGGUAGGGUGAGAAACCUGAGGGAGAAGUUCCAGGCCUUGAACUCUGUGGGUUGACUGACUCCUGACGGAGAGAAUAGCCAUGUGGAGAUGGACAGGACCUGGCAUGCUUUCUCCCAGGCUUCGCUCACUAUGCUGUUCCUCCAUUCUUCUGGAAGAGUGGUUUGGGAAAUGUGUGAACUCACCUGCUACCUGUGCUGGCCCUUCCCCUCCCCUGGGAGGUCCUAUGAUGAUUGGCCUUAGGUCCAGAUGAGCCACUUACCUUCUCUGUAAAUACUUCUCUGAUAAGAAGCCAACUAUUUUAUUUAAGCUUAUCCUGCCCAGGGAGAGCCAGCACUGCCCUGGCUUACCUUACUGGCUGGCCAUUGUCCAGCUGAGAACCCAAAGAGACCUCGGAAGCAGCCUGGGCAGGCUUUACCCUUUAACUUCCUUGUCAUAGGAUCCAGGCAGGAAUGAGGCCAAUAAUUUAUUGCUUACAUCCUGUGGUAUGUGUGUGUGAGUGAGAGUGUGUCUUGUAAAGAAUGUAACGGACUUAGUUCAGGUACUCUUGAAGGUUGUCGCACUGGCCCUGUGGUUGUUGAUAAUGUGCACACAUUUCACUGUUUGUCUAUGGUGCAAUAUUCACUGCUGACCAACCA